AUGGUAGCCUUCGUCUCCGCCCUCCCGGUCUCCCAUGCAUUCAGUGCCACCCCCUCCACCGCUGCCUGCAUGACCUCUACCUUCAUCGCCUCGCGCCGCGUCACGCACCUCACCCCCCGACGUGUCCGUCCUGCCCCUCGCAUGACCUUCGAAGCGGGCGUAUUCGAGACCUCCAAUCCUUUCGCUGCGGAGCUAAAAGCCACUGCUAAGUACAUCGCCUCUCGAGGCUCGGGCAUCCUCGCCAGCGACGAGUCGAACUCCACCACCGGCAAGCGUCUCGCUACAAUCGGCCUCGAAAACACCGUGGACAACCGCCGCCGCUGGCGCGAACUCCUCUACACUUCCGACAUUGGCGACUACAUCGCCGGCGCAAUCAUGUUUGAAGAGACCCUCUACCAAUCCGCAGCCGACGGCACCCCCUUCGUCAAGAUCCUCCAGGACAAGGGCAUCGUGCCGGGGAUCAAGGUUGACACAGGUCUCACGGCGCUUCCCCGCACAAAGGCCGAGACAGCUACCUCUGGUCUGGACGGCCUGCCAGACCGCUGCAAACAGUACUACGAGCAAGGCGCACGCUUUGCAAAGUGGCGUGCCGUCAUGCGUAUCAGCAAGGCCGAUGGCGCGCCUUCCGACGCCGCCAUUCUUGAAAACGCACAUGCCCUCGCCCGAUACGCGCAGAUCUCCCAAGCCAACGGGCUCGUCCCCAUCGUCGAGCCCGAGGUCCUACUUGACGGAGAUCACAACAUCGACGAAACUGCCUAUUACACAGAGCGCGUUCUCAGCUUUACCUUCCGCGCGCUUAACGAGUACGACGUCUGCCUCGACGGCGCCCUUCUCAAGCCUAACAUGGUCAACCCGGGCACGGAUUCACCCAACCAGUGCGACGCCGCGACUGUCGCCAAGUACACGUUGCAAACUAUGCUGAGGGGCGUCCCCCCGGCCAUGCCGGGCAUUCAUUUCCUCUCCGGCGGUAUGAGCGACCAGGAAGCUACGGAGAACUUGAACUUACUUAAUACUAUUGAAGGGUCGGAGAUCGCCCCUUGGAGCCUCAACUUUUCCUACGGGCGAGCCCUCCAAAUGGCCGUGCUCAAGACAUGGGGUGGUGAUGAUGCUAACAAGCAGGCUGCGCAGGAGCUCUUGGCUAAGCUGGCAAGGGCUAAUGGAAAAGCUCAACUUGGAGAAUAUGAAGGCCCGCACCCGUCACCGGGAGGCAAGGUCAGAAACUUCCAGCCGUUACGACUUGUGUAGAUUGUGAAGUUGUGGAUGUGUGCGUGGGGUACAGUACAGAACGUAUAAAACGCUAGGUGCACCCCACCAUUUUUGAGUUUCAGCAGUGAUGUAUUGAAGCUUCCUGUCUAGACUAGAGAUAACAAGUGACCUCAUACAAUAUCACUCUCCUUGUCGGCUUGUUUUUUCUUGACAUGUGGUUAUUCAACAAAAAAGAAAAAGAUACCCGCUCCGCCGCACUUAACCUCUGAUUGU